AUUUAAGGUCUGUGUUAUUACUAAUAAUUAUUUGUUUCCAGCAGUUGUUAGUGUGUUACAGUUACCUCGUCUAGUCGUCACUCGUUUUUGUUCGCUAAUAAUUAACUCUUUAAGUUUUAUUCCGUACGUUUGAUUCUGUUUAGUGAUAACUAUUAACUAUGCACCAUUGAACCGUUUAAAUUGCAACACUAAUCUUACUUUCUCAAAAGUGUUAAAACUACUACAUAAAUAAUUAUGACGGCCAAAAGUUUUUACUGUGGUUUAUCCUUUGUUUUUCUUACAAUCUCCUCAGUGUCUCCUCAUGAAGAAUAUUUUUAUAAAACCUCCACUUACGAUAAGACUUUUUUAGACACUGAUAUAAUUACACUUCCAAACGUACGAAUAAAAAGAUCAGCUGAAUCUCUUCUUAAUACAAAUACUACUACUCAACAAAAACAUAUUUCUAUUCAAGCAAUCAUAGACAAAAAUAAUGGAACUAAACUAACAAAACAAGAAACAAAUCUAUCAAACACUUCGCUUUUUACCAAUGAUUCUGAAAAAGUACUUGAAAAGAAUUUAACUUCAGUGACACAUGAACCUCCGGUUCAGACGAGUUCUAACAAUAUAAGUUAUAUAGGAACACCAACACCUUUAGCUUUGCCAGUUGAUUUAGAUUUUCCUUCAGCAAUUACCAAUGAAACUCUUAAAAAUCAUAACAUUACAAAAUCAAAAAAUGAUUCUCAUAUAUAUUACAAUAGUACAACAUUUAACGAUAUGAAGAUAUUUAAUGAUUAUUGGGUUGAUUUGGUAAAUCAUCCUGAUGCAAAUAUACAUGAAAUGUUAUCAGAUUCUCAUCGCAGAGCUGCAACAAUCAACUUGAAGUUUCAAUUUCCUUUCUAUGGACAUCUAUUAAAUUCAACCACAAUUGCAACUGGAGGUUUUUUGUAUUUAGGAGAAUAUAUUCAUUCGUGGUUAGCAGCUACUCAAUACAUUGCACCAUUAAUGGCCAAUUUUGAUUUAAGUUCAUCAAAUUAUUCAAAUAUUUAUUACUUGGAAAAUGAUACUGCAUUAACUGUUACUUGGCAUAAUGCCACUUUACAAGAUAAACCUAAAGUUGGAGGAUUUACUUUUCAAACAACUUUACAUUCAAAUGGAAAUAUUGUAUUUGCUUACAAAAAUAUACCAUCAAAAAUCAAAGAAAUUGAUUCUUCAAAUCAUCCAGUGAAAAUUGGAUUAUCUGAUGCAUAUGUAUUAGACAAAACAAUAUUUUUUGUGAGAAGAAAAACUAUUUAUGAAUACCAUAGAGUAACAUUUCAAGAAGAUGAAGUAACAAAUGGAACUGUUAUAAUUUUAACUGCAUUGCCAACAUGUCUAGAAAAGAAAAAUUGUACUAGUUGUAUUAAAAAAGAUACAAAUUUCCAAUGUUUUUGGUGUGAUAACCGAUGUUCUUCGGGAGUUGAUCGCAAUCGUCAAGAUUGGCACCAGAAAGACUGUGAGAAAUUAAAGCUUGUUAAUGAAGAAAUGUGCACAUCUGGAGUGACAACUGUUGCUCCUCCCAAUUUUGAUAAUUCUAGUGUUGAAUCGUCUAUUAAAUCUGAAUCUCACACAAAUUCUUCAUCUUCUAGUACAAGUUUAUUCUUCAUUGCAUUGUGUGUUUCAUUAACUCUAAUGUCUUUAGUCUGGAUAUUUUACGCAUAUUUAAAUCCACAUACACGAUCUGGACAAAUGUUAAUAAGAUAUCGACCAAAUCAGUGGGGCUGGAGAAAAGGAGAAGCUCGCUAUACAGCUGCUACUAUUCAUAUGUAAAAUGCAACAACUUUUGACAUCAUCCAAAUAAUUCAUAACAGAAAGUGUUGGUAGUUUGUUGGUUGAAGUUAUAGAUAUUGAAUAUUAAAUUGAUAACAAGAAAAACAUCCUUAACGGUGAUUUUUGAAAAUAACUAAGGUUUUAGUAAAAUUUGAUGUAUGAAUCAUAAAUAUGUAUAAAUAUGUAUUUUGUAUAAUGCAGCUAAUGUUAUUUUUUAACUUCAAUAGACUAACCUAUUGUUACUUAAAACUUUAUUUUUAAAUUUUUAUAAAUGUUAUUCAAUUUAUUAUAUGUGUGGGUCCUUAAGUGGGGAGAUAGAUUUGUGGAUAUAACAUAACCAUUAUUUAUUCUGUUUGAAACUUUGUUGUCUUUCAUUCUAAUUAUUAUAAAAGUUUGACAAUUUUGAAAAAAAAAAAAUAAUCAAUUAUAUACCUCAAUACUUUGAACAUUUUUUUCAGUUGUUUAAUAUAAACUGUAUUCAUAAAUUUAUUCAAAUGAUAACCAUAGAAUAUUUUAUACAAAUUUUCUACAAGUCUUGUUUUUAUUAGGCAUUUUUUUUUUAUAACUUUCUAAAAAUAUUAAAAUUGUAUACGCUAUUUAGUAGUUUAAAAAUCAAUAUUUUUACUUACACUUAUCUUAAAGUUAGAUUUAUAGUGAAAAAACUCAAUAUUUUUUUUUUAUAGAAUAAAAUAGCUUUUGUUUUGUAUACUUCCAAUAAUUAUCGCAAUAAUGAAGUAUUUUUAAUAAAUAUUAUAUCAUUUAUCAAUAAUUUUUUAUUGAGUAUUUAUGCACUUAGGUUUAUUUUUAAAAUCUAAUUUUAAUUAUGAAAUUUACAUUAAAUUAAUCUUUGAUGUAUCAUGUGGUGAACACAUUCACACACACUUGUUUUUACUACAUACUAACAUUUUUGCUGAAUAUGAUACAUAAUGCAGGGGCGGAUCCAGGAAUGUUUUACGGAGGGGGCGCAAAAUUGUAUUUAUACUUACGACUAAGCUGCCUGCAUUGUAACACAAUACGUAAAAGCAACAACAAACCUAUUUUAGGGAUUUUGGGGGGGGGGGGCGCCUUAGGUUCCGCGCCUGACAUAAUGUAAAUGUUUACUAUUGUGAACCUAGCUUUUGAUAAAUCAAUGUCAAAUAUAGGUGACAUGGUUUACAUUCUUUUCAUAUAUAUAAUUUUAAACACUGAUUUUAAUAUAAUUAUUAUCAAUUUAUAUGAUCGGUUUGUAAAAUGAGGCAAUAGAUUAUAUUUUUUGAAAUCACUGAAUGCAAUAUUGUUUACCCAAGAAUACUCAAUUUUAAACAAUUAAAAUUUUAAAUAAUUAAAAAGCUUUGGCCCCUGAUAAGCCUGAUUGCUAUUCUAGCCAACCUCCAUUUUUAACUCUUAACUAUCAUUUGUAUCAUUCUUAAUAAUAAUAAUAGAAUUUUUUUAUUGUUAUUAAUUUUUAGUUGUGAUCUACUCAAUAUACUCUGUUCAGGUUAAGAGUGCCCAGUCUCUCGGACGAAAACUAAUUCUGUUCGCGCACGUAUCGCAUAUAUCGUACAAUGCCGACCAAAUCACAGGGCGUUUGAUGUCGCCUGUGGGGUCUGACAGCUGUCGGCGGCUCAGUGUGCAUGCACGAGUUUGGGCACUCUUAUCCUAAACGGAGUAUAGAGAGUAUAUUCACUAAAAAAAAUAUAAUUUCAAUAAUUGUUUAUGUUAGAGGAAUGUAGCCUUCUGAAUAACAUGCUAAAUAUUUUAAUUAUUAUUCUUAGGACAAUAAUACAUAAUUAUUGCCAGCUGAUAGCUAUGUAGUUAGAGGUCGGAAGCAUAAAGAUUUAUUUCCCUUGGGGCUGAGCUAUAAAUAAUUAGUAAUAUAAAACAUUUUUAUAUCUUUGUUAGUUAUUACUGUAACCCAUCUCCCUUCAUUGAAAAAUCCAUCCUAAUCACACUGCUGACUUACGCACAUUUUGUUUUGUACUUGUAUGUUCCAAUUUUUUUUUAAUAACAAGUUUAAAAUGUCGAAUUAGUGAUAUUCAUUGUAUUAUAUUCUUAAAUUAAGUUUAUUGUUUUUUCUAUUGUUGAUCUUAUAAAAUUACACAAUUUGUAACAUUCUUAUGUUUAAUUUUUUUUUUAUUGUUAAACUUAAUAAUGAAAUAGAUGUAUGAUAUAUUACAUAUAAUUAUGGUCAGAUUGAAUAUCAAACAACACCUUUAUUUUUUACUUUAUCAACCAGAUGAUUAAUUUUUAAUUUAAAGAGAUUCAUUUUGAUUUAUUGUAAAUGACUAAUGAACAAACUAUUCAAAAUAAUGUUUCAUCUGCUAAAUUUUUAAUUACAUUUAGUUAAAUUGAUUGUAAUCUAAUAAUUUCUUACUUCUGUAAUAAUGAGCUUUAUAAAUAUUAAUAAGUUUUAUAUGAAUAAAUGUUAACUGGUAUAUUUUAUAACAUAA